AUGCCAACACCGCGCAGAUCAUCGCAGCGGGCUCGCCGCAACUCGUGGCGCAAGGACUCCGUUGCCGACCAGCCUGAAGAAUCGUCGCCGACACGGCCUGCCAAGCGCAGAAAGCAGGCCGAUGAAGCGCCUCACGAUGUCCCCGAAGAAGAGACGUCCAGUCUCCUUGCCGACAACUCCGCCGUGCUGCCCGUCGACGAAACCCAGAUUGUCGCCCGCGUGACCCAACAUCUCCUCGCUCCGAACGACGACCUUCGUGCAAGCAAGGACCACUCCAACGCGAUACACGAGGCAAACAAGGAAGGCGUGCAGGCGUACGCCAAGAUUGCUGCACAGGACUGGACAUUUUACGUUACAAAGCUCACAAUCAACAUCGGCCGCACCCCCGAGCCGGCGCCAGAAUACCCGCAGCGCUACGACCCCGAUGCCGACCCCGAUUUCGUGCACAUCGACCUAGGACCCAGCAAGAUGGUUUCGCGUCAGCAUGCCCAAAUCGUCUUCAAUACCAAGAGCGAAAAGUGGUAUCUCAAUGUCAAGGGCCGCAAUGGAAUAAAGGUCAACUGCGCGCCUUGGCGCUUGGGUCAAUCCAAGCCGCUCGAAAGUGGUGACGUGAUCGACGUCGGUGGUAUCGAGAUGAUGUUCGUCCUGCCGCUGGAGACCAGCCCUCUGCACAUUCACGACGUAUAUCUGCAACGCGCUGGCCUGCCCAAGUCCGAGCCCGGCUUGUCGGAUGACACGUCCCUGCAACACAAGCUGCGCGCCACGACGCCCGUCGGCGGCGGCCUUGAAUCUUCUCCUCAUGGUGGCUCCACAAUACGUAGCACGCUUCCUCGUGGCCAGCCUACGCCGCAGGCGAUUGCACCCGCACCGCCCGACUAUAAGCGCCCUGGGACGCCGCCGUCAGCUCGGAGCCGCACAUCCGCCCCAACGUCGCACCUCAAGUCGCCACAGUUCCGGGACAUUCCCACCAUGGUGGUUCACCCAAACGACGUUGACCUGAGCCUGGACGAAAACAAGAACCUGAAGCCCCAGUACUCGUACGCCCAGAUGAUUACUCAGGCGAUCAUGAACACCAGCGAGGGCCGGCUGAACCUGAACGGUAUCUACAAUUUUAUCAUGGAGAACUACUCCUACUACAAGCACCAGCAAGCUGCUGGCUGGCAGAACUCCAUCCGCCACAACCUGUCCUUGAACAAGGCAUUUGAGAAGGUUGCGCGCUCGACCGAGGAACCCGGCAAGGGAAUGAAGUGGUACAUCUUGCCCGAAUACAAGGACGAAAUGGUUCGCACCGCCUACCGGGGCGGUCGUGGCGGCCAUCGUGGAUCUUCGAACCCGUCGUCACCUAGCCAGCUGAACUACGUCAACCAAGGUCCCCGUGACAUGGCCGCCAAAGACCAUGGAUCCGCCCGGAAGCGCCGUGUGUCCCCCACCGGUUCCCCGCAGCCUCGCUCAAGUCUCCGCGACGUGCACAUGACACCCGAUCGCAGUUCGCGCCGUCUCCUCCCGGAUGAGGCGCCUGCGUCGUCAGACGGAAGCCCCUUGCCUCGUUACCGUAGAGGCGCUGCUGCAAGUAAAGCCAAAAACAGCACAUCCAUCCUCGGCGGGGCAGCUACUAAUGAUGCCUCAGCCAGCGGCACAGCUCCCGAUCCAGUCAUCCCACGGUCGCCAACACUAACGUCGACGUUCCUCCAAGACGACAUCAGCUCGUCCUUUGUAACGCCGGCACCGCACCGUGUGGAACUCAAGUUGAACCCCCCCAGCACCUUGCAACGACCCAGCCAGCACAUGCCGACAAGCUCUCCUGCCCCCUUUUGGAAGUACGCCGACAUUGGAAGCACCCCUUUGAAGCCACCGCCCUCGUUUGACUUCAGCCCGUCCAAGGCGCUGGGACUCAGCAGCGGUGUCAGCAGCUCUGUCGCCAUGAUGCCGGCCAGCAGCAGCCCGCCCCCUGUGAAGCGAUCUGGGAUUAAGUCUCCCAUUUCCAGCCCAACGCGCCCUGCACGAAGCACAUCAGAGGCCAAAGGGGAAACGCCUGCAAGCGACGCGACAGAGGUUCCUGCUCCUGCAGAAGCACCGUCAGCACCAGAGCCGGUCCUUCCCGAAGUCGAAGAGGAUGGUGGCUUUGACCUUUCCAAGGGAUUCCAAAGCAUUGGGUCAUACCACGCUCCUGUUCGACAUGGUUUGCCUGUUGCAACGGCCAUGAACGGUAAACCGUGA